UUUCCUGAAACAAUAUUCAUUCAAGUCAAAAGAUUAUAUUUUUUCUUAUUAUUUUUGGUCAUUUUUGUUCUGCAUAUUCUGUUGCAAGUUUAAUCCAAGGUCUCUAUGUGUAUUCUUUGAUUUGGCAAACCGUUUUAUUGUUUUUCUAAACCAUAGAUUUAGUGUGAAGAACUUCAUAUUUUGCAUAUUUAGUUGUGGACUUGUGGAUGGAGUUUUGGCAUUUCACAAUUUGAAAGUAUGUGGUUUGUUUUAUUCAUUUUGUGCUUGUUUUAUUGUUUCAUUGGCAUGAGAUUAAACCCUUUUGUAGUUUUGCUUACUAUGAGUAUAUGAGAUAAUAUAUGGUGUAUCAAACUGUGUUGUUGGAUUUAUAGAUUACUUAUAUUAGAAUUGAAUUACAUAUUAUAAUCUACAAUCUGAUUGAGAGAAGAACUUAUGAUUAACAAUUUCGACGAAAUCUUUCAAUUUCUUAUUUUCCUAUGUGCUUUAAUAUUCAGGAUUAGAUGCCAAUAGAAUAGUACUCAAACUCUGAGGGUGGAGUUGAUGAGUAUAGCUCAUCGAGUUCUUUUCAAGGAAGUUGUCAGGCUCACUCAGGAACAAAAUCUUCAAAAGGGAAAAGCCCUUCAUGCAAAAAUCAUUAAAUCAAAUUCUUUCUCAAAUGUAUACUUAGCUAAUAGUAUAGUCAACUUGUAUGCGAAAUGUGGCCAACUAACGAAAGCCAAGCGUGCUUUUGAGGAAAUCCCUGUCAAAGAUGAUGUCUCUUGGAGCUCAAUCAUCAAUGCCCAUGCUCAACAAGGUGGGACCAAGUCGUCUCUCCUUGUUAUGGAUUUGUUUAGGCAAAUGCGGGCUGAGAAGUUUCUUCCAAGUGCGCAUUCUCUUGCUGGGAUUUUCACUGCUGUGUCAAAUCUUGGUGAUGGUCGGGUUGGAAAACAGGUGCAUUCAUUGGCGAUAAAGACCGAUCACUGUGGAGAUGUGGUUGUUGGAAGUUCAAUCCUUAACAUGUAUUGUAAGUCGGGUAUCAUACAUGAUGCCCGACAAAUGCUUGAUAAAAUGCCUGAGAGGAAUUCUGUGUCAUGGGCUACCAUGAUUUCUGGCUAUGCAGCACGUGGUAUGGCUGGAGAAGCUGUGGGAGUUUUCAAAUUGAUACUGCAGGAUGAAGAGGAAAGUAACCCCUUUUUCUUUACUAGCCUGCUUAGUGCUCUGACACUUCCAGAGUUGAUCAAUGCUGGAUCGGAGGUACAUUGCGUCGCUGUUAAAACUGGAGUGAUACAAAUUGCAGAAGUGAGAAAUGCCCUUGUUACUAUGUAUUUGAAAUGUGGGAGCCCCGACAAUGCCCUUCAAAUGUUUGCAUUGUCUACAAUUAAGAAUUCUAUCAUGUGGUCGGCUAUGGUUACUGGCUUUGCACAGAGCGGGGACUCUAAGAAAGCUCUGGAGUUGUUUUCUAGAAUGCAUCAUUCUGGGGUCUCACCUAGUGAGUAUACAUUUGUUGGGGUGAUUAAUGCAUGUAGUGAUAUUGGUGCAACUCAGGAAGGAAGACAAGUUCACUCUUAUUCAGUUAAAAUGGGAUUUGAGAAUCAAAUGUAUAUCGUAACUGCACUGGUGGAUAUGUAUGCUAAAAGUGGCAGCAUUGCCGAUGCUAGGAAAGGUUUUGAUUGUUUGCUAGAACCAGAUGUUGUUUUGUGGACCUCAAUGAUAGGAGGAUAUAUACAGCAUGGCGACAAUGAAGAAGCUUUGAGUUUGUAUGGCAGAAUGGAAGCUGAGGGAAUCCCACCAAAUGACCUAACAAUUGCAAGCGUCUUAAAAGGCUGUUCCAGUCUUGCUGCUUUAGAGCAAGGAAAGCAAAUCCAUGCCCGUGCCAUCAAGUAUGGGAUUGCUGGAGAGAUUACUAUUGGAAGUUCCCUUUCGUCCAUGUACGCAAAGUGUGGAUGCAUUGAUGAAGGAAACAUGGUGUUUCGGAGGAUGACCACAAGGGAUAUAGUUUCUUGGAAUGCUAUGAUAUCUGGUCUUGCUCAGAAUGGGUGCAGUGAUGAAGCUUUGGAGCUAUUUGAGGAGAUGAGAUCAGAGGGUGUAAAGCCAGAUAAUGUGACUUUUGUGAAUGUGUUGUCUGCAUGUAGCCAUAUUGGAUUAGUUGAAAGAGCCUGGGAGUACUUCAAGAUGAUUUCCACAGAAUUUGAACUAGUACCUGGAUUAGAGCAUUACACAUGUAUGGUUGAUGCGUAUAGCCGUGCUGGUAGGCUAAUUGAAGCCAAGGAAUUCAUUGAAUCAGCAACUUUAGAUCACGGUAUGUGUUUGUGGCGAAUCUUAUUAAGUGCAUGUCGAAAUCACCGUCAUUAUGAGCUAGGAGCCUAUGCAGGGGAGAAACUGAUGGAGCUCGGGUCACAAGAAUCAUCAGCUUAUGUCUUGCUGUCAAGAAUUUAUACUGCUCUAGGCAGGUCAGAUGAUGUGGGACGGAUCAUGAGGUUGAUGAAGCUUAGAAGGGUAGGCAAGGAGCCUGGGUGUAGCUGGAUUGAAUUGAAGAACUUUGUUCAUGUGUUUGUUGUUGGAGAUCAGAAACAUCCUGAGAUAGCAGAUAUAUCUAGUUGGUUAAGAAUAUUAACUGAACAAAUGAUGGAUGAAGGUUAUCAACCAGGUCAUGACUCAUUUUUGACGACUUCAACGUGACAGUGGGAUUAUCCAUUCAUAUGGACUCAAGCGCUGCUUAAUCUAUGUCGAUUGCUAUGUGUCAUAAGAGCUGACUCUGGUUUAUAUCCUGGAGGGACUACACCACCUUUGAUAAUGUACAUGCCAACUAGUCUUUUCCUGUUUUUCCAUAUGUUUCUAGUUCUUCAAAGCAAUAGUACUAUCACAUUUAUGUCUUCUUAUCUUGUUAUUAGCGUCAAUGGAGUGCAAGUGCAUACAUACAUUCUGGUUAUUCUUGCAUGGACAUUGAAGUCUUUGCAUAUUCUGAUC